GUACACGCAGGCCUGAUCGGGCCGCGGCGCCUGCAAUCGUUCGUUGAACCUCAUUCAUUACUUCUCAUUGACCUCUUUUUCUUUAUGAUGAUCUGGACAGCCUGGUUCCAUUGGAAACGAAUUCUCGGCGUAUCAUUCAGGCCCGAGGAAACAUUCGGCUCCACUGAAAUUCAACUCUUUCAACCAACUUUCAACAACCGGCCAUGGGGGCAUCAAGUUUCGAAACUGAGGCCACAGUUCAAUUUUGUUCUGAUGCUAUCUCUCACGAAAAUAGACACACCGAAAAAGAAAGAAUGCCCACACUCAAGAAACAAUCGACGAAAUACGUCGAAUUUCCCGGGAGUCGCUUCCUCAGAACAUUCCAGCUUCAGCAAUCCAAUUUUACGGUCCUCGCAAACGUGUCGAUGUGCAGCCUGUCUUGCUCCCAACGGCCACGUUGGCUAAAAGCUCUAGUACACAUUCAAGUGUUCAGUUCCACCUGUUCUUUACCUCACAGUUCCGCCUACCGUCGCAUACUUCGAUAGCCACCCAUUCAGUCUGCUGGUUCUUUCUCCCUUUGGAUUAAUGCACUAGGUCAGAAAGCGAAGAGUACGGUGCAUUCGUCAAGUACCUCAAACUAUAAAUCGAGGACGAAAAGACGACUGGAUUAAGAUGGAGAAGGCUGCGAAAUGUGAUGCGCAAUUGAAAACGACGUACGGCGGACAUGCGAUGAUCUAGGAUCCGAGUGCGUCGUAGUGGACUCAUCGACCAUCGCCAACCUUGUUCGUCGAGCCCAAGGAUAAUAUCUGUAUGGAUCGGGAAGAAUUGGUUCAACUCAAGCAGGAAUUCUUCUGUAAAAUCGUCAGUCUGGACUCACAUUCCAGGCGCUUUGUCCACGAUAGAAUUGAGAGCCCGGAAAGGAUUAUCGUGCUCCCCGUUGGUGCAUUGAUCAGGACAGCGACGAAAGGGAACGUGUGUAGGCAGAAAACCGAAGAGGCUUUCGAACACGAACACGAACACAUCUACGAGAUUGCGCCACAACCUUGCAAUCAGCUGUCAUAUCGAACUAAAGCCGCUUUAUCGUUUAUCUUUACGUUCUUAACGAGGAGUCGCGAAAAUAAACAUUCGCGUCACACGUUGGUCACAGGACUGACUUGAGAUACUCGGGUUGCAAUUCAAAGGGGACCCGAAAUCUUUACCGUGUUCAAUAUUUAAACCCGUUCAAUCGCAACAGAUUCUUGUGCCAUUUCUUCCCCAUGUCGUUUUGCCAGCGAUACUUGGCUCCCAAUUCUUGGGCUCUCAAGCCGUCCCCAUCCUCUCUAGCUCCUCCUGAGUACCAGCGAUGGACCAACGAGGAUAUGGAUCCAGUUCCACCGAAUCGGAGGACGUGGUCUACGAGAAACUAUAUUACGUAUUGGAUCUCGGAUGCUGCAAAUGCCCCUACAUGGCAAUGUGCGAGUUCGAUGAUUGCGAUCGGGCUUUCUUGGAGGGAAUCGCUGGCAGCAGUCGCAAUAGCGCAUGUUAUUAUCGCUGCUGUGAUGGUUCUGAACGGAACUAUUGGCGCAAGGUUGCACGUCGCUUUCCCCCUUCUUAAUCGGUCAUCGUUCGGAUUUUGGUUCAGCUACUUUAGUGUUCUGAGCCGCAUCAUCCUCGCAAUGUUCUGGUUUGGUGUUCAGACCUACACGGGCUCUGAAUGCACGUAUCAGAUGAUAAAAGCCAUCUGGCCGUCGACUGGCAGGAUACCGAAUCGGCUUCCGGAGAGCGCGAAUAUCACGACUGUGGGCAUGAUGUGCUAUGUCAUCUUUUGGCUCAUCCAGUUUCCUUUGCUCCUUGUGUCCCCUCAACGAAUCAAAUAUCUUUUUACUGUCAAGGCCGUCAUAGUCCCUCUGGCGUUCAUAAUUAUGUUGGUAUGGGCGAUGGUAAGGGCACCUCCGAGAGUGUCAUUGGGGCCACAAAAAUCUACCGUGGCUGGAAGCGACUUGCGUUGGGCUUGGCUCUCGGCUAUGAACAGUGCAUUAGGCAUCUAUGCGACCGUGGCAGUCAACAUACCUGAUUUCACGAGAUACGCUAAAACUGAACGAGCGCAAUAUGUUCAAUUAGCGGUCAUUCCCAUUGCAUUCACUCUAGUCGCAUUUUGUGGAAUUGCCGUGACCUCCGCCGGACAAGUCCUAUUCAAUGAAACGCUAUGGGACCCUACAAAAUUUAUCGAUCGUGCUUGGGGUGUUAACAACCGCGCUGCCGCUUUCUUUGCAUCGUUUUCAUUCGCUCUAGCCUCGAUUGGAACCAACAUCAGCGCAAACUCUUUGAGUGCUGCAAACGACAUGAUGGUCUUAAACCCCAAGUGGAUCAAUAUACGCAGAGGACAGAUCAUCUGUGCGUUAAUCGGAGGAUGGGUAGUAUGUCCGUGGGAGAUAUUAAGCGAGGCACAAGGAUUUUUGUCCUUUAUGAGUGGGUAUACGGUCUUUUUGGGACCGUUUGCUGGGAUUAUGAUUACAGAUGUGAGUUUCGAUCUCUUUUCUGUGCCUCUGGGAACAACGAGUCAAAUCCAUUACAGUACUGGCUUGUUCAUAGAUGUCAGGUGGACGUCAAGGCGAUGUACGAUCCACGAGGGAGGUAUAGAUAUUGGAAUGGGAUUAACUGGCGCGCCGUAGUCGCCCUUCUGUGUUCAGUCUUCCCAAGUUUUCCCGGUUUGAUUGCAAACAUAAAUCCUGCGUUGGGCCGCAAUUUAGGCCCCAUCAAACAUGUUUUUGAUAUCGCGUGGUUGUAUGGGUUCUUCACCGCUUCAGCUGUUUAUUGGGUAACUUCAACCGUUGUACCAGCAAAAGAGACCUUUGUGACCAAGGAGGAAAUCGAGGGUGCCGACGACUCGAGUUUGAAGAGUGAAGAUGACGAUCGCGAAAAAGACGGCGUAUGACACCCGAACGAAUAAACACAUCAUGGAGACCUAAGUGCAGGCAUUUCGCAAUUAGACUUCCUUUUACGGGCCAAAAACGAGGCCUGCAAGAGCGCAGACAGGGUAGAUCCCAUUCCCAUUCCACGAUACACUCAGACUCGAUGUAGACAGUAUAUCAACUAUCCUCAUUUAUCCCAGCG